AUGAACCUCGAGCUCCCAAUGACGAUGAUACUAGACUGCAUUUUUGAUCCUCGGAACUUCCAGACUGAAGACGUGUGCAACAUCCAAGUCCAUGGUGACCCUCUGGUGGAGUUGUUCCUGAACAUCGCAUGGGUCCAAAUCAUAAAGGAGGUGCGCGAUCUUUGGCGCGAACUUCGCAAGUACGAGGAUAAGCUCUUGGGCAAGCUACUCGAUCUCCUCACAGUUGGCAUGAUUGGAGGGGAGUGGUGCAAGGCUACGGGCAGCACGGGUGUGGACGACCAAGGCAAUUUUGCUAGGCCUUAUAUUCACAAGGAUGCUCGGUUCCUGGGUAGGCAUGGAGCUUCGCAGUUACAGUAUCGUGCGGGAAGCAAACUGAAAGAGGUUCCAGAGCUUAAGGGUAUGGUAGGUGAGACCGAACGGUACUUCAUGCAGCGGCUGAAGGCGAUGGAGCACAAUAUCAAAGCGCUUUGCGAGGAUCGCGGCUCCCCAACGAUGCUUGAUAUAGAGGGCUUGGAGGACAUGAAGGGUCUCAAGGCCGAAGAGUAG